ACCGUGCCUGGUUAAAAAUUAAGGAGGUUCCCGUAAAUCAGCCGGGACACGGCCCGUAAUGCGGGGGCAGCCGUGGGGGACGGGCAGGGGGGUGCGGAGGCAGCCGGGAUGCGGUCUCGGUUUGCUUCCGUCAGGCACCGUCUGCGCGGGGCUCCGGCUUUCUGUCACCCUCCGCCCCUGGGACCCCCGGGGUGACGGGGGUCGCCGGUCGCCCCAGGCCCAUCUGUCCCCACCCACCCGUGCCGGGGGCGCGGCCGGAGAACCUCGCCCCGCCCGCCCAGAGGCGUGACCCCACGGAGCCCAUCCCCGUGGCACCGGGCACUGAUCACCAUGGCCGGGCGCAUCGCCAAGGAGCUGGAGGAGGCUCGGCGCUGGGAGGGGGCCCGCGACGUGCGGCCGCUGGACGGGAACGUGCGGCGCUGGGGCGGUCUCCUGCUGCCCAACAACCCCCCAUACAACACGGGCUCCUUCCGCUUCGAGCUGACCUUCUCCCCCAACCACCCGCUGGAGCCGCCCUGCGCCACCCUCCGCACCCCCAUCUACCACCCCAGCGUGGACCUCGAGGGCCGCGUCUGCCAGCCCCUCACCACCCACGUGCACUGGGAGCCCACCACCCGUGCCAUCCAAGUGCUCCAGGACCUGCUGCUGCAGCUGGACAGCCCAGACCCCCAGCGGGUGCUGCGGCCGGACCUGGCCCGGGAGCUGCAGGAGCGUCCCGAGGAGUUCUGGCGCCGGGCAGAGGAACACACCCGGCUCCACGCCGAGCCGCGCCCUCACACCCAUACAUAAGGCAAAAAAUUUCCUCCAUCACCUGCUCUGGCUCCGUGGUGCCUCACUGGGAGAGUGGGGGGCU